UUUACUUCUUUAGCUAACUGCAGUGAACUUGCAUGGUGCUUUUCUUCAACCCUUCUCAUCAGAAGAUGCUCCUGUCAAGGUGUUAACAUCCGUGUUAACUCCUGUAGACAGCCUGAACGUCUCUGUUAUGGUUGCAGUUCCAUCUUUGUUAAAUUUUUGUAUCACUUUUGCUACAGUAUUCUGACUGAUAAGUAAAGCUUUGCUAAUCUUCUUGUAGCCUUCACCUUUCUUGUGUAAAAAUAAUUAUUUUCUUUCUCAGGCCUUGUGACAUUUCUCUUCCACGUGGUCCCAUUGCUGACAGCAU